AUGCCCAGCCAAUCGCGCGCUCGCGAUCGCGAGCGUGAGCGUGAGCGCGAACGGGGGCAUAGCUCUCGCCGACGAUAUGAUUCCAGAGACGACAAUGUCGAAGACGAGGAGGAUGGCGGCCAUUAUCGCCGACACCGUGCUACUACUGCUACGCGGCGGGAUCAGUCACGAGCUCACGACUACCACGAGGUGGAGGUAGAAGACCAUGAGGAUGAUUCCGAGGAAGAAGAAGAGGAGGAGGAGGAGGAGGAGGAAGAGGUGAUAAGAGUUCCUGCAACGCCGACAAGACGAUCAAGACCGCCGAGAUCCCCAGAGAUGGAGCGCGAACGCCCACGGUCGAGUUCGCGGCGAGGAACAACGAAGACGAGGGAAGGAGCAGGAGGAGGAUAUAGGAGGGAGGGUUAUAGAAGAGAAGAGUUUCGAAGAGAGCGGACGCCAAAAGCAAAAGAGUCGCCGGCCACGUCGCCAAAGAAAAGGAUGGAUCGUGAGGGACAUCGAAGAGGAGCCAGUCGUGUCCGCGAUGGAAGUCCAGUCAGGGAGCGAAGGCCGCGGGCUAGGUACGACGAAGGCGGAAGCGAUAGAGAACGUGAGCGUGAGCGUGAGCACGAGCGAGAAUUACGCAGACAGCGUCGUCGAGAGCGAGAACGGGAGCGCACGGCAGCGAAACAUACCAGCACGGACUCGACCAAUAGUGCAUCUCAGUUGCUCAGUGCCGAUGCUCUCGCCAAGUUGAAUGAUCACUAUGAGCGAGGAAAGAGAGACGACUAUAAACGACCAAGCCGGGCAGAUCGUGAUCGCACUCGCAAUGUGCCUGAUGAAGAUAUUCGGGUGGAGAAAAGACGACAGCGUCGACGACAAGAAGUUGUUAAUGAAAAGACGUAUGACGAUUAUGACGAGCCUCGGAAGUCUCAAAAGAGACGAUUGGUCUCGGGGGCUAUCAUGGAAGAAGGUCGGAGCAAUAAACUCCUAUUUUGGAAGCGUAUGGGAGACCGUCCUCUCUUCGGUAGAGGUGGUGGUGAUGGCGGUGGUGGUGGAGACGAUGAUGACCGCGAUGAAGGGGAAAAGGGUGACGAUGAUGACGGUGUACCAUUUUGGAAAAAGCGAAAGAAGCUUUUAAUAGCAAUAGGUGCCAUAGUCUUGAUUCUUGUUAUUGCUAUCCCAGUCGGAGUUGUCGUUUCCAAGAAGCAAAGCAGCAACAGCGACAGCGACAAUAGUGGGAGCAGCGGUGAGGAUUCGUCUAGCAGUUCAUCCAGCUCAGACAGUUUAACCUCGAGUUUGUCGAGUAUCUCGAGAGACAGCAUACCGACUGCCGCACAAGGAACGUACUGGGAUCCGUUUACAUGGUACGACACCCGGGACUUCAAUCUGACCUACACGAACGAGACGGUUGGCGGCUUGCCAAUAAUGGGCCUCAAUUCCACCUGGGAUGAUUCCGCGAAGCCAAAUGACAAUGUGCCAGCGCUCAAUGACAGCUUUCCGUAUGGAAGCAGGCCUAUCCGAGGCGUAAAUAUCGGAGGGUGGCUGUCAAUCGAGCCGUUUAUCGCGCCGUCCUUGUUCUCAAGGUACCCAAUCACAGAUGGGGUCGUUGACGAAUACACUCUGUGUCAAAAGCUGGGUUCAUCUGCAGCUUCCACCCUUGAGGAGCACUACGCCACGUUCAUCCAAGAAGAGGAUUUUGCGCAAAUGGCCGCAGCCGGACUAGACCAUGUCCGCAUUCCAUACUCAUACUGGGCCGUCACGACAUAUUCAGGAGAUCCGUACGUCGAAAGGAUAGCGUGGCGAUAUCUGCUGAGGUCUAUCGAAUACUGCCGAAAGUACGGACUGCGCGUUAAUCUUGACUUGCACGGGCUUCCGGGCAGUCAGAACGGCGAGAAUCACAGUGGCCAACAGGGCAUCAUCCGGUGGCUCAAUGGUACGGAUGGAGAUUUGAAUGCACAACGCUCUCUCGACAUACACGACCAGCUAUCCCAAUUUUUCGCGCAAUCUCGAUACAAAAACAUCGUAACCAUAUACGGUCUAGUAAAUGAGCCUCCGUUGCUAUCCCUUGAUGUAGCCACAGUGCUCAACUGGACGAUCAAGGCAACGGAGCUUGUGCAGAAGAAUGGCAUCAAAGCCAAAAUCGCCAUGGGCGACGGAUUUUUGAACCUGGAUAAGUGGCAAUACAUGAUGAAGACGGAUGUGCCGUCGAAUAUGCUGCUGGACACUCACCAAUACACCAUUUUUAACACGAAUGAGAUCGACCUCACUCACACUGCCAAAAUUAACUUGACCUGUUCCUCCUGGUUAACAAUGCUGGAGAAGGUCAACAGCACGACCAAUGGCUGGGGCCCAACCAUCAACGGCGAAUUCUCCCAAUCCGACACCGACUGCGCCGUAUACCUCAACAACGUCGGCGCCGGAACUCGCUGGACAGGCAACAUAGGCUCUACUUCAGACCCUCGCUGCCCCACCGCAGUGAGCAACAGCGACGAAACUACCUCCACUACUACUACCCAAUCCUGCAGCUGCAACGACGCCAACGUUGCUGCCUCAUCGUACUCUGACGACUACAAGAAAUUCCUCCAAACAUAUGCCGAAGCACAAAUGUAUGCCUUUGAGAAAAUGAUGGGCUGGUUUUAUUGGACGUGGCAGACAGAAUCAGCACCGCAGUGGAGUUAUAAACAGGCCUGGCAAGGCGGAUUUAUGCCCAAGUUGGCGUAUCAGCCGGAUUUCAAGUGUGGUGAUGCUGUGCCGAGUUUUGGGAGCUUGCCAGAGUAUUAUUAA